AUGGCCUGGACUCCUCUCCUCCUCGUGCUCCUCUCCCACUGCACAGGUUCCCUGUCCCAGGCUGUGCUGACUCAGCCGCCCUCCGUCUCUGCAUCUCCUGGAUCCACAGCCAGACUCACCUGCACCCUCAGCAGUGGCUUCAGUGUUGGCAGCUACUACAUAUACUGGUACCAGCAGAAGCCAGGGAGCCCUCCCCGGUAUCUCCUGUAUUACUACUCAGACUCAAGUAAGCACCAGGGCGACGGGGUCCCCAGCCGCUUCUCUGGAUCCAAAGACGCCUCGUCCAAUGCAGGGCUUCUGCUCAUCUCUGGGCUGCAGCCUGAGGACGACGCUGACUAUUACUGUGCUAUAGCUCAUGGCAGUGGGAGCAGCUAUAGUUACUCACAGUGACUCAGAUGACGAGGAACUGAGACAAAAACCCUGGGCCCAGAGAUUCGGGCUCUGAGCCUCGUCUCAGGGAGAAGCUUCUGUGCAGGCAUCUGCCAGCUGGACCACUUUGCAGUGAGAUGU